GCCGCAAAAAUAAAUUACGCCGCAAACUCAAAUAGAACUCUGCCAUAAUUGCUCAAAAAAGUGUAAUUGUCGAGAACCUUGUGAAAUGUGACUCUGUAGUGAAUGAUGCGAAAGUUUGUGAAACGCUUGAUAAUAGAACAGAGAGAAGCCAGAUGUUGAGACACCAACUUCUUCCUUACUACUUCUUACCUCCCUUUUUCUGCAAUUUUAAAAUGAAUCCCUUAUUGACAAAAGACCAUAUUGAAACCGCUUUUAAACUCUACCGACUUUUUGUCAAAGAGAAUAGAACAACAGAAGAAGAGACGGAAAUAUUUAAUAAUGAUGAUUUCAUUGAUUUCGUUUCCGAUUGCAAUUACGAAGCAGCAGUAAUGAAGGAAAGAUUUGAAGCUACAAAAGCUUCAUUCGACCAAGCUCUAAUGACAACUGAUGCAACUGCUGACGUGGCGACUGCUAUUGAGCAGAUGGAACUCGAGUCUGCCUCCAGUAACGUAGUAGAUGCUGCAGCUGACGAAGCAGUUGCAUCCGCUGUGGCCGAAGCCGAUGAGGAAAUGGAGGCUGAUCUGGCAGCUCUUGAAAAAGAGUUGCUUGACUGCAUGAAGGCAGGUCAAGCCCAAAUUGCCGCCAAGUAUGGAAAGCGCGUCGAGGAGCUCCUGCCGCAUUUCCUGUCCCUUCAUUACGAUGCAGAAGAUAGGGGAAUACUGAAGGACGAUAAUCGUCACGCUGGAUAUAUCGUUCAGCAAAAGUCUGACGAAUACAAAGCUUUGAUGAACGAUCCGGAACUGAAGGCAGACCUGAUCCGAGCAACAACCGAGCACAACGAAAGCAUUGGCGCCACUGAACAAAAGACCGUUCAGUCAGCAAAGUUGAAGCUGAAGUUGCUCAUCGACUGCAUGGGCCGCAACCUUGUCCAGCUGAAACGAGAAUGUGGUGUUGAAACCUUGUGUCUUUUCUUGCCGGACAAGCUCACGAGUAAGGUGGUUCCCGUUGAUGCAGCUGGAUCAGACGCAGGAAUCGCCUUCUUAGAGAAGGUAGAAGCAGACCAGGUUGAAGACGUUUCCUUCAGAUUGAAGGAAAUAUUCAAAAGUGAAUGCUAUGACUUCAACAGGAAGGCCGCUACUGAGACCGUCCCAAUUGAUCCUGAAACCAACAAUGCCACCGAAACCCCUCCAUCUCCAUCAUCAUCCUCUCCGACAACUAUUGCAGCCGACAAUCGUUCCUCUUCUUCCCGUGGAGUCAAGCGACCCCGACUCUGCAGCUCAUUUUCGAGUGCUUCCAAUACAAUUGUCAACAAAAUCAUCAAUUCGUACAGUAAGUAACUAAAAAGGCUUGAUAUCUAAUGGUUCAGCCACUCAGUUGCGAUGUGUGCCUUACUAGAUGAGACUCUGCUUGGUAAAGUUGAAGGCUUCAAAAAGAUUUCGAAUUUUCCGUGGAAAAAGUUUGACAAUGGAAAUGGUGUCAUCAAUGGAAAAAAGUACAGCAUUUCGUUAGUUGGCUGGCCUGAUGACGUCCCUUUAGCAACACCCAGCCACUAGAAAGAGGACGCUGUUGAAUACAGGCGUAGAAUGACAGCUGUGUUAGACGGAAUCACUUUCCUCUACACGCUAGUAUCCCAGCAGCAGCAACAACAACACCAACAAGAACAGAGUCAGCAACAGCAACAGCAACAGCAACAGCAACAACAACAGCAACAGCA